AUUGUAGCUUGUAGUUGCCCUUGCCAUUUCCCAUCCCGAUGCCCUCCUAGUACGUGCUCUCCCCGUUUUUAAAAGCCAUCCCAACCGAGUCUGCCUCUCCCCUAUCCCAUCCUCCAUUGAGUUAUUCUCCUCCUGGCGCUGAGCUAGCUGUCUGUCCUUGGGAUAAUGCUACACCAGUGUGGCCACCAUAGCGGCGGGGGUAUCUCAACCCCGUGCUCUUGUGGCCUCCUCUACGGAGCUUGCGGCGCGAGUGGCAGCACCUCCUUCUCCAUUCUCUUCCCGGGAAAGCAAUCAGCCAUGGAUGAGGUGUUCGAUUCUGGAUAUCCUAUCCCGUCCCCAUCCUCAGUGGACUGCACCCUAUCCCUCGGCACGCCAUCGACCCGCCGCACCGAAUCCCACAAGCCCCCACCCACUUCCACUCCCAUCCAGCAGCCGUCUUGCGUGUCUAGCUUGUGCUGGGAUAUCCUAUCCCCGUCUAGCAAGCAACCGUCGGUGGCCUCUCAUGGACCCACUGGACCAACCAAUUGCUCCAACCUCGGCGCUGACCCCGUCCUCCUCGCUCGUAGGUGCGCCAACUGUGACACCACCUCCACCCCCCUCUGGCGUAACGGCCCUCGUGGCCCCAAGUCACUUUGCAACGCGUGUGGGAUCCGUUACAAGAAGGAGGAGCGACGGGCGGCGGCGUCGACGGCGUCGCCGACGUCGUCAUCGGUAGUGUCGGCAACGGCGGAGCAAACGGGGAUCGGGUAUGGGUACCCACGGCAGCAGCAGCAGCAGCAGCAGCACCAAGCGUGGAGUUGUUAUAACUCGACGGUGACGGCGUCAAAGAGCCCUUCAAUCUCGACGUAUGACGACGUGAUGGAUGGGGAGGAGGUGUCCUACCUCUCGUGGCGACUCAACGUCGUCCCCUCGGCCCAAUUCCCUGUCCGGGACCGGCCCAGCCUCUUCCAAUAUAAUUAGAACUAAUUAUUACAAGCAGACGUACCCUUUAGUUAAUAGUUAACUCCCUUCGUUAUUUUUAACGUGCAUGGUAUCAAAAUCAAGCCACAUGAUGAUGUAUUAUUAACAAUGGAUGAUAAUAGUUUUGUUUUGUCAGUAA